CCAAGCCCACCAAGCACGCCUGCCUGCGGGGGGCCUUUUGUUUUUUUAAAUUCCUGAAAGUAUGGGCAAAGAAGAGACGAAAGCUCAGGCGUCCCCUCGGAGCGCGAGUCAGGCCGGGCAAGAGAGAAACGGCGAGCCCGGAGGAGCAGCCAUGAAGGCGAAGGAGGGCCACGGGGAUCCCCCGGCGGGCCGGCGGGAGGAAGCGCCCACGUGCUGCGGCUGCCGCUUCCCGCUGCUGGCGGCUCUCUCGCAGCUGGCUCUGGGCGCCUCGGUCUCGGUGCUGGGCUUCCUCAUGGCCGGCAUCAGCUCGUCUCUGCUAGUCAGAGACACUCCAUAUUGGGCGGGCAUCCUCGUCUGCGUGGUGGCCUUAUUGGGACUAGUGAUGCUAUGUGUUUCUUACCAACCGGAUGAGAAGACCUGCGUGCAGUUUGCCAUCAAGGUUGCAUACUUUCUGCUGAGCGCUCUGAGUCUGAUUGUCUGUGUUUUGGCAGUAGCUUUUGCUGCCUACUGUUAUUCACAGAUCACACAGUUUACCUGCGAAACCAUCACUGAGGCCUGUCAGUGUAAAUUGGAAACAGUGGAUCCCCUCAGCAGAACCUUCAUGUACAAGAAUGUAUCCAACUGUACCGACAUCACCAAUACUUUCAACCUUUACUUGCUGAUCCAGAUAGUGCUUAACGUCCUUGCAGCAAUUGUGGGCUUCACAGUGUGUUUUGUGAUGUGGAAAGACAGAUACCAGGUCUUUUAUGUAGGCAUCUGGCUACAGUCCUUAACUACUACUGAAGUCCAACAACAGAAAGUAUAGGUAUACAGGCUGUGCUGAGAAGAACAGUACUGUAAAUCAUCAUCAUCCCACCACCCAAUGGAUGGCUGUUCAUAAAACUGGGGAAGGGAGAGAGAAUGUGCUCAAUUAAUAUUAUUGGUUCAGAGAAAUUAUGUGAAGUUUCUGUAAUAACAGUUACCAGACCCUCUGCCACAUCUCCUAGGUGCACCAAGGAGAUCCCUGCCUGUUUCCCUUUCUAGAUCAGGAACUGCAGGCAUUAUUUGCCUAUACAUUGAAAUGUGGAUGUCAUCUAUCCGUAUUGCUUUCAUUGCACAUUCCCCAUCUACUUUCUGGUGCAACUAGUCAUGGGCAAAUACUUUUUUUAAAGUGCAAGUCAAGUUGGAUUGGAGUAGUUAUGUUUUUAAGGUUAAGCUUACGGUUACUGAGCCAAGAGGUAACUACUGUACUUACCUCUAGGUAGCAGUACCUCAGGGGGGCUACUUCUAGUGUAACAUGAGGACCAAGGGCAAGUACCCCAGGAUUAAAUGCCAAAAAGACAAGCCCCAUAUACCCUUUCCCCCAAAAUAUGUUUUUACAUAGAUGGAUUUUCAAUUCACAGAAUAGCAGCUUGGUUAGCCUGUUCUCCAUGGUUGCUCAAAAUAACAUGCAUAUCUUCUGCUGAAAUGGUCAGGUCAAACUGUGUGGUCAUGUAUAGUGGUGGGCAUAGACCCAUCCCAUUAUGCUUUGCCAGUGUGGAACAUAGCCAUGGAAUGUGUCCUAAGAGCUUGGGUGGGGGAUAGAUACAGUGCAACAUGUAAACCAGACCUAUUGUGAAAGAAAGUUUCUAGA